AUGCCCAAAGACGCAAUUCUGCCAGACCUCGCGAAGUGGUUUCAAGAGCAUGGUAUCACCACGUUUCUCUAUGACCCGAAAGGUAUUGGUCGCAGUGGCGGAGAGCCUCGGAAUGACAUCGACGCAAGGAACAUGGCUGAACAUCUCCAUGAUGCAGUAACAUGGUUCAAGGAGCUCUCUUUGGUUGACGAGACCAAGAUUGCACUUUGGGGUCUAUGCUUUGGAGGCAAUGUCACCCUCGGUGCAGCCGCCUUUGAUAAGCGCAUCGCUGCCGUGAUCGCGGUCGCUCCUAUGAUCGAUGCCAGUGGCUCACCAGAGAGGCGCCAACCCAUUCUUGAGCUCGCCAUGCACGACCGCGCUAUGCGUCUCGAGGGCGAAGAACCCAUGUUUCUUCCCUAUGUCAACGAAGAUGGAAGCAUUCCGAACGGUCUCCAAAUGCCUGCCGACAUGAUCCCCCAGUUGCAACGGCUCGGCAUUCCCAUCGAGAACAAGAUCUCUGUGCAGACCUACUACAAAGCCUUGUCAUGGAAUAUUUGCGACAUUGUCAAGUACAUCAGCCCCACUCCGACACUGAUGGUAACUCCCGAGCUGGACGUUUCUUGUCCAGUUGAGGACCAGCUCAGGUGUUACAAGCACAUGAACGAGCCCAAGGAGUUGGACAUCUUGAAAGGCAAGAAUCAUAUGGACUGGAUCUUUGGCGAUUACGAAUACAUUCUUAACACACAGCUGGAUUUCCUGCAAAGGCGUAUGAAUCUCUGA